GGUGGGGCACUCGGGCUGCCAGGAAACCGGAACUCUCGCUCUUCCCCGCUCUGACAGCUCUGUCCCCGCUCCUUUCUCGGAGCCCAGGUCUCUCGGCCCUCUGGAAGGUCCCAGGUAGGCUGCAGUCUCUGCCCUUGAAGGCCUAGCCAGGGGGCUUUGUCAGCGGCCUCCUGCCCAGGAAGAGGAGCCUGAGAGCUCUCCCCUGGGGGAUCCCUGUCCCUCCCUGCCCAGCUCAGCCUGCAGAGGAGCCAGAGGGAUGGCCCCUGGGAGCCCCAGCCCCCCAGCCCAGGAGAUGGUGACGUUCCAGGAUGUGGCUGUGGACUUCACGCAGGAGGAGUGGCGCCUCUUGGAGCCUCCCCAGAAGGAGCUGUACAGGGAGGUGAUGCUGGACAAUGCCCGGAACCUGCUCUCCCUGGGGCUGCCCGUUCCCAGAGAAGACUUGAUCUCUUAUUUGGAGCAAAGGGAAGCCCCCUGGAUGCUGGGGCAGGAAGGCCUGAGGAGCUGCUGUGCAGAAGGAGAGAUUAGAUUUGAAGUGAAAGAGAAGGCAAAACUAAGCAUUUCUGUGGAAGAAACUCACAAGCAAAGAGAGAAACCUAAUAACGGUCAUCAUUGUGAUAAAGCUUUCAGUCAACCGUCAUCCAUGAUUUACUGUGAAGAGAUUCAGCCUGGAGACAAACCACAUGAAUGUUAUGAAUGUGGGAAAUCUUUUAGUGAACACUCAUCUCUUCUUGUACAUCAGAGAAUUCACACAUCACAGAAACUUAAUGAAUGUAGUGAAUGUGGGAAAACUUUCAGACAGAGCUCCAGUCUUGCUGAACAUCAGAGAAUCCACACUGAGGAGAAGCCAUAUGAAUGUAGUCAGUGUGGAAAGACUUUCAGACAGAAAUGCCGUCUUGCUCUACAUGAGAGAAUUCACACUGGAGAGAAACCUUACGAAUGUAAUCAAUGUGGAAAGACUUUCAGAAGCAACUCCAAACUUGCUCUACAUCAGAGAGUUCACACAGGAGAGAAACACUAUGAAUGUAAUGAAUGUGGAAAGACUUUCAGAAGCAGCUACACUCUUGCUGUACAUCAAAGAAUCCAUACUGGGGAGAAACCUUAUGAAUGUAAUCAGUGUCAAAAGACUUUCAGGUGCAGCUCCAGUCUUGUUGUACAUCAGAGAAGCCACACUGGAGAGAAACCUUAUGAGUGUAUCCAAUGUGGGAAGAAUUUCCGACAGCUCAACAAAUUUGCUGAUCACCAGAGAAUUCACACCGGAGAAAGACCUUAUGAAUGUCAUCAAUGUGGAAAGACUUUUAGAAGAAGCUCGGGUCUUGCUAAACAUCAGAGAAUCCACACUGGAGAAAAACCUUAUGAAUGUCAUCAAUGUGGAAAAACUUUUUCACAGAGUUCCAAUCUUGCUUUUCAUGAGAGAAUCCACAGGGGAGAGAAACGUUUUGAAUGUCAUCAAUGUGGAAAGAAUUUCACAUGGAAGUCCACUCUUGCUGAGCAUCAGAGAAUCCACACUGGAGAGAAACCUUAUGAAUGCAGUCAAUGUGGAAAGAAUUUCCGACAGUACAACAAAUUUGCUGAACAUCAGAAAAUCCACACUGGAGAGAAACUUUAUGAAUGUAAUCAGUGUGGAAAAGCUUUUACGCAGAAGACUAGUCUCACUUAUCAUCAGAGAAUCCACACUGGAGAAAAACCUUAUGAAUGUCAUCAAUGUGGAAAGGCUUUCGUGUGCAGCUCCAGUCUUGUGAAACAUCAGACAAUCCACAGUGGAGAGAAACCUUAUGAGUGUCUGGAAUGUGGUAAAGCUUUUAAUGUUCAGUCUUCCCUUACUAAACAUCAGAGAAUCCACAGUGGAGAGAAACCUUUUAAGUGUCUGGAAUGCAGUAAAGCUUUUAAGGUACAUGCUUCCCUUGCUAGACAUCAGAGAAGUCAUACUAGAGGAAAGACCUCCUUAACAUAAUCAAUGCAGAAAGUUGGACCAAUGUCAUCCCUUUUUUCCCAUCAGAGAAUUCACAUGGGAUAGAAAUCACAGCCCUGUACUGAAUGUAUAAAGGCACUUAAAUGGAGCACAGAGCUUGCUUGACUUCAGAGAAUCCAUUCCAAGUACAAGCUGUAUAUGGAGUCAGCCAAAGAUCAUCUCUUACUCAACAUCAGAGGAUUCAUAAGGGAGAGAGAGAAGAUUUAUGAAUAUGCCCAGUGAAGACCACCUUUCCCUAGCUGUUGGAGGUCCCUAGACAUCACAAAAUUCCCACUGGAAAGAAGCCUUGUAAAAGAAAUAAUUGUGGUAGGGUCUUUCCCUGAAGCUCACCCUUGUAUAUUGGAAAAAUCUUGCUCGACCUAAAACUCAGAUACCACAUUUCAUACUGUUUGCAAAGCCCCUAAAAAUGGAUUGAAAUUUUCUCUGAAAUCCUCAGGUUUCUCAUUUGUUCUCUGCAAUAUGCCACAGCAUUCCUGCGCCAUAACUUCUUCAGCCAUUCCCCAGUAUCUUAAUAUUCACUUUGUUUCAAGAUGAUAUCUGGUACAAAAAGUCCUGGAGUGAAUAUUUUGCACCUGUUGGACAUUUAUUUUUGUAAUGAUUUCUUUAGCAUGGUUUAAUGGAUGGAGGAAUGUCCCUGAAUCCAGAAGACUUGGGUUCAAAUUCAGUCUUUGUUACUAGUGAGGUGACCGUGUGCAUAGCGCUCAAGUUAGUGUUGUCAGAGUUUCCCCCAUCAGUACAAGGGAGAUAGUAAUAGAAUCUACCUCCCAGGAUCAAAAAGAUUAUUAAAUAAGAAUAUUUUCUAGUGCUUUAUAAGCAUUACAUCACUUUAUAAAUAUUAUAGGAUCACAAGGCUUAAAACAAAGUCAAGAGGCUCAAAAGGUAAGGGUGGCUUAAUCCCUUUCCUUUUAUUCCCUUUGGCAUUCAGAAUUUUAUAGGUAAAAGCAGUUUGGAUAAGGAUAAGAACCUUAUGGUCCUUAUGGUAAUGGAUAUGGACCUCGGUGUAGAGUUGGAAAGAUUUCAUUAAAAAUCUGCCUCCGGUGUCCUCUUGCUGUGUAAGGAACAACGGCUCUGGCUCCAUUGAUUCUUCUCCAAAGUGAGGAGGGAGGACUCGGUUGCCUCCGUGGUUCCUUCUCACACUAAAUCUGUGUUCUCAUCAAAAGAAGUGUCCUAUGUUCCUUUCUAAAACCCCUUUCAGGGAUUCCAGGAAGCCUAGCAGGACCAAGCCUGAGACUAUAGUAGAAAGUGGUUCUCAUCCAAACUCUCGUGCAUUCCUUAAAACGUUAGAGCUUGGACAGAUUCCACGUGUAAGAUACCAAAGAAAGCGAGUUCAGCAUUCUGUGUUCAACAAAUCCAAAGACCUCGCCUGCUGGGCCUGGGUUGACUAAUCACUGCAAAAAGCUGGGAAAGCUCACAGUCUGGUAGAAACUAGGUCCAGAGCAACAUCUCACAAAGUAGACCAGGAUUAGCUCCAAGUAGAUACGUUCCUCAGAUAUGAAAGGCCAUCUCAAACAAAGCAGAGAAAUCACAAUAAAGCAAAUUCAUAAUUCUGGAGAGCAAGAGUACCUGAGCAGAGAAAAGGCAGAACAUCCAGUAGGGAAAUAUCCCCUGAAGAUGUUCACGUAUCCCAAAGGUAAAAGGGAAACGAAUGGAGGGAAAGAUUUGCAGGAACUUUCUCUCAUAAAGGUCUCCUGUCCAAUGUAUAUGAGUAUGGAGGGAGAUCAUACAAAUGAGGCACUCCCCAAUAGACAGGUGGCCAAAAACUGAGUAGACAGUUUUCCAAGCAACAAAUCCAUUUUAAAAUGCUCCACAUUUGUAAUCCAAAUCACUAAUAAUCUGAAGGUUUUUCAGAUGGAAAAAAGUGAUAAAAUCACAAUCACAAAUAUGGGAGGAAAUCUAUAAAUGUAUGUUGAGGGAUGACCUUGUUGCAAUUGACAUUGCUCCCUCCUUUUGUUUUGGCAAGUAAUUGAAAAGGAAGGUAUGUAGGACAAUGGCUGAACAAAUAAUGGUAUAUGGAUGGAACUGAGCAUAUAUGCCAUCAAAUAUGGGUAAUUUCACUGAAAACUCAGAAGAGCUUUAUGAACUGAUGCAGUGUGGCGAAUAACAUUAAGGGAAUAAUUACUCAUGAUAGCAUUACUAAAGAUGAAGUACGAUGUCACAGCUCUGACACUUUUGAUGACCAAUACUUCCUGUUCCAGAGGUCACAGAGAUAUCUGGGCUUUCUACAUCCUGGCCAAAGGGGGAUGGUUCCAAGCUGUUGAAUUACAAAGUACAUUUUGAGGCAGACAAGGUAGGAAUUGAUUGAGCUUGCUACUAUUCUUUUGUUCUGAUUUUGUUGUUGUUUUUCUCCUCAAUAUUUUGUUGACAUUUGGAUAAAAACUAGACAUAAGAAUUUCAGAAAGAAUCAGGACAGAUUUGAAAGUGCCAUAAUGAAUUUUGUAAUAUCUCAAAAAAAACAAGCAAUAAAUAAUAGAAAUUAUUUCAUGUGAGAUCAUAUAUAUGUAUGUAUAUAUACAAAUGAAAUUUUCAUUUUCUAGGUUCUGAAUUUUAAAAUAAAAAAAUCAAAUUUUGAGUUUCCUUUUUGUAA